AUGGCGCCCCCCUCCACCGGGCAACGACGCUCCCCACAUGCGGCAUCCCUGCUCCUCGUCUUUCUGCUGCUGCUGCCGGGCGGGCCCCGGGCUGACGAGCUGGAUGACCUGAUCGACAGCGUGCAGUCCGUGGUGGACUCCGUGGCCGCGGAGGCCACCGUGGCCUUCCAGAGGCGGUCGUCCACGGUGCCGCGGUGCGAGUGCACGCACCACGCCUGCGGCGGGGCGUUCAGCGCCAGCGACUCGUGCCACACGGAGAUCGGGGACGCGCCGCUGUGCGGGACAUGCUCGGGCCAGAAGCUGGACUUCAAUGAGAGCUUUGUGUUGACCCCACCCACAACAGAUGUCUCAGAUCUUACACCUGAUGUGAAGGAUGCCAUAUGCAUGUAUAGGGGUAUUGAUGAAACGUUCGCUGGUGCUAAGGAUAGCUUUGGUGUCAGGGCAUGGACCUAUGUUGCCUCAACCGAUGGAGUCAUGAGGACUUGGCCAGGCCAUGCACAUGAACGCGGAGCAGAUGUCGACCCAGAUCUUGCUGAUGCAAAUCUUCGAGGCUGCCGCAAAUACGAUCCACGCUUUCGGCCAUGGUAUGUUGCAGCUACCAGUGGACCAAAGGAUGUUGUCCUGGUGAUCGACACAUCAGGCAGCAUGCGAGAGCGUGACAACUUUCUGUUUGGGGGCGGCGACACAAGGACACGUUGGGACAUCGUCAAGGUAGCCAUCUUGAGUUUAUUGGACACGUUCAGCAUCAACGACUACAUUAACAUGGUGGAAUUCAACAGCGAAGUCAAGAGCUUGGUAACAGAGCUGCUGCACGCGACCCCUGACAACAUUGUCCUUUUGAAGGAUGUGGUGGAAGGCAUUGAGCCCUCAGGGGGCACCGAUUUUCGGCCUGCAUUGGAAGUGGCGUUCGACCACCUGAUUACAGCAACGAAUCGCAGUCUCUCUGGGGAGGAAUUUGCAAGCUCGAACUGCCAAAAGAUCAUCUUAUUCAUGACAGAUGGCGAAGACUGCACCCUCAGUGACCAGCCUUGUAAGUUCACACCCCCAGAUAAUGUGACAGCCGUUGAUUCCCUGCUUGACCUCUUAGAGACCAAGCAGCAGGAGCUGGAAGCCCUGGGCAGCCAGAGGGCGCACAUAUUCCCCAUCUCCUUUGGCUUCGAGGCGGACGAUGAGAUCCCCAAGGAAAUGGCGUGCGCCAAUGAGGGCGUGUGGGCCAGAAUACUCCCCGAGGAUGACCCCCUCCGCGACCUGAACGCCUACACAGCAUACCUGGCCUCCGGCAGGGGUGACGCGGGCGUGAUCUGGACCGGCACCUACGAGGACGAAUUUGGUUUGGGGAAAGUGAUCACGGCGGCCAAGCCCAUCUUCAGCCCCAAGACGGCUUCUGGGGAGAACGGCUCUCUGGUAGGCGUUGUUGGUCACGAUGUGAGGCUGGAGGACAUCAACAAAGUGGCUCCAGAGUUCCUCACGGUCAUCCGGAGGUUCAUACAGCGUGGCUUCUCGUGCAUCGAGUCGAAUUUCACCGGCUGUGGCUUGCAGCUGCUGAGGGGAGAAGCAGCCCAGUGCCCUGAGAGACUGAAGCCGGCCGACUGCUACUUCUUCGAGACCACAGGCGACUUUUACACCGCACCCCAGACAGACCCGGUGUCCUUCGCCGAAGCCGAGCAGUUCUGCAAGGGGCAAGGCGGCAUCUUGGCGGAAAUCGAUGAGCCCAGCGAGGAAGACCUGCUGGCAGCGAUGGCCACCAAUGCGGGGUCCUGGAUUGGACUCACACGGGACAGAGAAUCGAUGGAAUGGAUGUGGCGCAGCAGCAACGAAACUGUGGACAGGAGGUCAGAGAUCUGGGUGCUGACGGAGGGUGUGUCGCUGACAAACCCAAGGCAGAUGUGUGCCACCAUCGAUCGGCGGGGCGUGAGGCACAAUGUGCACCCAACAGCUUGUGAGAUGCGCACGCACUUUAUUUGUGAGUUCACCGAGGAGCAAGCGCCGGCUGUGUGCAAGAAUGGCACGGUCAUCAGAAUCGACAGCGAAUACGAGUAUGCUGUGCCACCACUAUCAACAUGCAGGUUUGAGGAGGAACAGCUGCAGGCAGCAACGGCCAUCAGCCCUGCCGCACAGAUACUCAACAGUAGCCAAGUGAUAUGCGAUCUGGGAGAUGAAUUGACAACAUUUGAAGCCCGGUGUUGCGACAAUUGCACUGCACAAGAAGGCAGUUGA